ACCGCUGCCCCCCAACCACGCCGGCCAAAAUGCCCCGCCGUCUCGCGACGACCUACUCCGGCCGCAUCGCCGCCGCGACGCCGUCCCCCUCGGGCCUCUCUCUCACCGUCACCGUCUCCCCGACGCCGCCCCCCACCCCGUUCGACACGCGCGGCUUCCCGCUCCCGCGCCGCCACCUCGUCUGCGCCGUCGCCCGCAUCCUCCGCUCCCCGUCCUCCCCCUCCCCGCUGCUCGACCUUGCCGACUACCUCGGCUCCCUCCGCCUCACCAUCACCGCCGACGAGGCCUCCGAGGUCAUCAAGGCGGUCGCCCCCGACACCGCCCUCGCCCUAAGCUUCUUCCUCUUCGCCGCCACCUCCAUUCCGGGAUUCCGGCACGAUGCCUUCUCCUACAACCGUAUCCUGUCCCUCCUCUUACGCAGCCGCGCCGACCCCGCCGAGGCCCUGCGGCUCAUCGCGGAGAUGGAGCGGGACGGCGUGCCCGGCAACAUCUCCACCGUGAAUCUGCUGGUCGGGACGGGCGUGGAGGUGGGCAGGUGCCUGGAGCUGGCGAAGAAGUGGGGGCUGAGGCUGAACGGGUACACCUACAAAUGCAUUGUGCAGGCGCACUUGAGGAGCAGGGAGGUGUGGAAGGGGUUCGAGAUGUAUGAGAAGAUGCGGAGGAAGGGAUAUAAGCUGGACAUCUUUGCAUAUAACAUGCUGCUUGAUGCCCUUGCCAAGGCUGGAAUGGUUGACCAAGCUUAUCAAGUCUUCCAAGAUAUGAAACAAAACAACUGUGAGCCAGAUGCAUAUACAUACACUAUACUAAUUAGAAUGUCUGGAAAGGCUGGGAACACAACUAAAUUUCUCUCACUUUUGGAGGAAAUGGUGUCCAAAGGAUGUACUCUUAACCUGAUUGCUUAUAAUACUGUUAUUGAGGCUCUUGGUAAGAACAAGAUGGUUGACAAGGUGAUCUUUAUGCUUUCUAAAAUGAUUGAGAGUGGCUGCCAGCCCAAUGAAUUCACAUAUAGCGUUGUUAUCCUGGAUGUUUUAGCAACAGGAGGACACCUGCACAGGCUGAAUGAGAUUCUAGAUAUCUGUAGUGGACAUCUGAACAGAUCGAUUUAUUCUUUUUUGAUCAAGUCACUCUGCAAAUCUGGGCAUGCAAGUGAGGCUCAUAUUGUGUUCUGUCGUAUGUGGAGUUCCUAUGAAAAAGGAGACCGGGGUGCUUUUGUAUCAAUGCUUGAGGCGCUAUGCAAUGCAGAAAAAACAACAGAGGCUAUUGAUCUACUACAUAUGAUGCCUGAAAAGGGGAUUGCUACAGAUGUUGAAAUGUACAAUAUGGUCUUUUCUGCUCUUGGGAAGCUCAAGCAGGUAUCUUUCAUAAGCAAUCUCUACGAUAUGAUGAAAGCCAAUGGGGUUGUUCCUGAUGUUUUCACAUACAAUAUUAUGAUCUCAAGUUUUGGUAGGGUUGGCUUAGUUGAUAAGGUGCGUGAACGUUUUGAGGAAAUGCAAGCUAGCAGUUGUAAGCCUGAUGUCAUCACCUACAAUUCUCUCAUAAACUGCCUUGGUAAAAAUGGAGAUCUGGAUGAAGCCCACAUGCUUUUCAAAGAGAUGCAAGAUAAAGGAUAUAAUCCUGAUGUCUUUACUUACAGCAUAUUAAUUGAGUGCUUUGGUAAAUCCAAUAAGGUUGAUAUGGCAUGCAGUUUGUUUGAUGAGAUGAUUGCUGCGGGAUGUGUUCCUAAUAUUGUAACCUAUAACAUUUUACUAGACUGUUUGGAGAGACGUGGGAAGACAGGAGAAGCUCAUAAACUUUAUGAAACUCUGAAGCAACAGGGGUUGACUCCUGACUCGAUAACUUACUCAAUACUUGAGCGAUUAGAAAGUAGAUCUCAACGAACAGUAAGAAUACGUAAGCCAAGUCGGACUACAGGUUGGGUUGUAAGUCCAGUAUGAUGGCCCAUUCUGGUUCCUUCGGUUGCAUACCUCCUAUGAGGUGGAGCUGAGGAUACAUAAUCUGUGUGCAAUGUUACAAGUGUAUUGCAGUUAAACAAUAUCACCAAAUGAUUGCUCAAUCACCAUGGAACAAAUUAGUAGUCCAUCAGAAUGAUAAGUAUCAAGAGUAUUGCAUGGCUGCUGAUAUCUCAGUUUUGAACAAUUCAUAGAUGAUGGACAUCUUGAGAAGAGCUUGUGAGAAGAAUUUUCCAUUCCAAGAGGAUAAGAUAUGGAUGAGUUUUCUGUGGAUAUGAUCUGUUGCUGUCAACACUUCGGAGCAAAUAAGAAUACCAGAAUAUGCUUCAAAUUGUUAGACAAUCUGGGCAUCGGGAUUAUAUGGCCUUGCUUGGAAUCUUCAAUAUUCGGAACAGUGCCACGUUUCUUUGGCAAGUUAUUGGCAAAGGUGUUCAUGCAUCUAUUUAAUGACACCGUUGCUUGGGGCUAUUGACUUACUGGAUGCCAAGAAGAAUUUGUAGUGGUGGUUAGCCCUAAUUUCUUAUCAAGUACAUCAAAUACUUUUGCUGCAUCACUUCGGGCCUCACUGUCUUACUGGAGUCUACAGGGAAAAUGACGGGUGUGAUUCAAGAUACUGGAAGACCAAGCUGAUAUAGAUAGUUCCUACAGCAAUAAAGGCAAGUUGAUUUUACGAUAACAUUUUUUGGGAAAAAAAUACUUCUUUGAUGGCUGUACCAGUUAUUUUGAUUUCAAAAUCAAUCUCAUUUCUUUCCAUUGAUUCUUAUGUGUCCACUGCGGAUUCAGCAAUGUAAAAUCCCUUGAUUUUGUAAAAAAGUUCUGAAAUCUUAUCUGGUGCAGUUAACCGUAGGUUGAUUUGUUUCAGGCAGGGUUCGUUUAUCAUCUUGCAGAGCCCGUGUACGUGAUGCUAACUUUAUGGCUUCCGGACUACCCUCCUGCUUUGCCUUCCGCUGCAUUGCAUCAAAUUGGCACCGGAGCACUUGUCAAGAAUGACAAGAGAGAGGUGAAAAUAAUUUCUGUAUUGCGCAGGAGAAGAACUGUUGAUGAUUUAUCGGCCAAGGAUGAAAUGUGCAAGAACAUAACUGACGUCUGCAUCCCAGGACAUCAACAACACUAUGGAUUCACCGCUUGUCAGGCAAUGUUGAAGCCCGACGUGAAGCUCAUGGACUUUGCCAGAGAUGAAAUUGAAUGGAGAUGCGAAAGAAACCCUUCCUACACAGGAAGGAGGACCUAUUGAAAUAAGUAUCUGCCAUAAGUUCAAAUAACUAGUACACGGAUCAAUAGCAACGCACUAGUUGAUCCGUGUUUGCGAGCCCGCCAAAUCUGCCACUGUACGAAUCAUUUAGCAGUUUUUCAAACAAAAAACACACCCCAAAUUUUUCUAUUUAGCUGUAGCAGCCUCCGAAAUAUUACUCAGAAUUUGAUCUGACAAGGAAAACUAUUGUCAGAACUGUAACAGUAGCGGCAUGGAAAUACAGUUGUCCUUCGGUCUGCAAUGAUGAUAAGCAAGCAGCAGUAGAAAGUUUCUUCAA